AGUCGCCUCCUCUCCAGCUCGGUGCUCUGCGGCUCAGCCAGCAUCCCGGCGGCCUUUGCGGGAACAAAAUGGCAGCCCCCAUGCCUCGGGGCUUGUCCUGCUUAUCCAGGGCUGUGGGAUGGUGGUCUCGGCAGCCCAUUCUGGUGACUCAGUUCCCAGCUCUAGUUCCAGUAAAAACCAAAAGCCGAUUCCGACCCACUCCACGUAAACCCAAGUACAAAUCAGAGAAGGAGCUUUUGGAACAUGCCAGGAAAGCAGGAUUGGUUAUUCCUCCAGAAAAGUUGGAACGUCCUAUACAUCUAGCCUGUACAGCUGGUAUAUUUGAUCCCUAUGUGCCACCUGAAGGUGAUGGUCGAGUGUCCUCCCUUUCAAAGGAAGGACUGACACAGAGAACAGAGCGGUUAAGGAAGAGUGCGACGUCACUGUUGGCAGUUCGAAGGAUAAGAGGAUUUGAUGCUAAUUUUAAAAUCAAAGACUUCCCUGAGAAAGCUAAGGAUAUUUUCAUUGAAGCUCACCUUUGUCUGAACAACUCAGACCAUGAGCGGCUUCAUGCCUUGGUAACUGAACACUGUUUUCCGGACAUGGUCUGGGACCUCAGGUACAAGACCGUCCGCUGGAGCUUCGUGGAAUCUUUAGAGCCAGCCCAAGUGGUUCAUGUUCGCUCUGCAGGCCUGAUGAAGCAGAGCGACAUGUAUGGCCAGGUCACUGUCCGCCUGCACACUCGGCAGACUCUGGCCAUCUAUGAUCGGUUUGGCCGGCUGAUGCAUGGACAAGAAGAUGUCCCCAAGGAUGUCCUGGAGUAUGUGGUGUUUGAAAAACACUUGGUGAACCCAUAUGGAAGCUGGAGAAUGCAUGCCAAGAUUGUGCCCACAUGGGCACCCCCUAAGCAGCCCAUCCUCAAGACGCUGAUGAUUCCUGGUCCUCAGCUGAACCCAUGGGAGGAGUCCGAAGAGCCACAAGGCGAGGCCCAUAAGCCUCAGCUUGCCUAAUGGCAUAAGUGACGCCUGAGGAGCCAGGCGGUGGUGGUGCACACCUUUAAUCCCAAAACUCAGGAGGCAAAGGCAGGCAGAUCUCUGUGAGUUCGAGUCCAGGCUGUCUACAGAGUUCCCGGACAGCCACAGGGCUACACAGAGAAGCCCUGUCUUGGGAGGGGGCGGGGGAGAUAAUGGAUGAUGGGGCUGCAAAAUCACCUAUACCCUAUUGGCUUCCCUUGCCCUCUCCUGCCCUGCCUGGGCCUUUUCAGAAGCCCCUCCCCACUUGCAGUUGUGGCUGAUAUCUGGCCCAGGUAGGUGGCUGGGAUUCCUGGCCAUGGAGCAUCUUCUUUUUAAAGUCAUGUUUACCUUCUGAGGUGAAAGGAAAGCAGCAUGUCCAAGAACAAACGUGAUACUGGGCUUUUCACAGGAGGAACUGUGGGAGCAGACUGACAGCAUUCUUUGUCUAAUUAUAGGGCAGAGAUCAGCAUUUGAAAUAAAAUACUAUCAAAGUGUUGAAUAAA